UCUCGUGCUUUUCUUCUUCUAUGAAUACAAAGAGCUUCCAAAUGUCCGAUGGUUUUUGGGAUGUUUUACUGGAUGAUCCAUUUCCUCAUUUCUCUUCUACCCUUUUGAUCAUUGCUGUUCUCUUUUUUGGGUUGGUUUCUGUCUUUCCGGGUCUGUGGUGAUAAAAAAGCUCAUUUGCAUGCAAGCACUUUUUCUGCUCUGUUUAUCCCUUAUCUUGUAGAUUCUCUGCUAUUGGGGUUGAAUCAGAUAUUGAACAAAGCUUCCAUUUCAAUCUUUGUAAUGAUUUUAGAAGUGGGUUUUUCGAUUUUGCUCUGAAAAUCUGGAUUUUUUUUCCUGAAAUGAAAGUUUCAGAUGCAUUCAUGCUCUGUUUUUCUUCUUUCGUCUUUCUUAGAACGCCUUGACUAUCAUAUCCUCUGUUUGUAUGGUUGCAGCAGAGAUGGUAAAAGGCCCAUCUAUAGAUUCUUCUUUUGAUAUUAGAGGCUGGUCUUUUAUAUUCUUGUUGAAGUUCUAAGAUUCUUCACGUCUUGACCAUCUAUCUAUCAAACCCUCUGACUUUCUGGUUGAAUCAGGGAUUUUAAAAAGGCUCUAUUUACAUUCUCAUUUUGAUAUUAGAGGUGUUUGUUCUUAACAAUCAAAUCCUCUUUUCUGGUAGUUUCAUCAUAGGCAGUGAAAUUCUCUUUCUUCUAUUGAAAACUGAAGUGGGUUUUGUUGCUGUUCGUCUGAAAGCUUUCAUUUCACAGCAGUGAGCUCUUCUGCUUUCAGGCUCUGUUUCUCCUCUGCUAGCCAAUCCUUUUUGUUAUUUGGUUUCCCUAAGGUUCUGUUUCUGGCAUUUUCUCAUUACAAUCUUCAUUUCUUUUCUUUUGAUUCCAUUGCAACAUUAGAUUAACUCAAAAAUCUUGUGUUUAUAGAUCUUCAUUUGAAUCAGAUACUGAAAGAAAACCCAGCUGAGAUCUCAUUCAGAACUCUAUUUUAGAAGUUUCAUACUCCUCCUUGUGGUUAGCCAUCUCUAUUUUUCUCCUAUCAGCUCCUCUGUUUUCCUCUGCCUUUUGUUCUCCCACUUUCUAAUCUCUCUCUUGUUGGGUUUUUAACCAAUUUCAAAUCUACAAUGAAGCAUUUCAUCAGCAUCCAAUCUCUGGUUUUGCUCUUCCUUCUACACUCUCUUGUCGCGAUUGAAACAGACACUUGGACAGCUCCCAUGCUGAAAACGGAGAAAAAAGUUCUGUAUUCUGUUAUCCGUUCGUUGGUUGGAGAUCCAUGGAACGGAUCUGAUCUCUAUCCAGACCCUUGCGGAUGGACACCGAUUCCAGGCGUUUCGUGCGACCUCUUCAAAGGUCUUUGGUACGUUACUGUUGUAAGCAUCGGGCCCGUCCAGGAGAACUCCCUUGAAUGUGAUCUGGCCGCCGAAUUCAGCUCCCGUCUCUUCGAAUUCAAGCGCCUCAAGAGACUCUCCUUCUUUGAUUGCUUUCACCGCCCGAUCGCCAUCCCACGCCACAACUGGGAGAAUCUUGCUGCAAGCUUAGAAACCUUAGAAUUCAGAUCGAAUCCUGGCCUGAUCGGCGGAAUCCCGACUGCUCUCAUGUCGCUCUCAAAGCUUCAAUCACUGGUCCUGAUCGAAAACGGAUUGAGCGGUGAAUUGCCGGCGGGCAUUGGCAAUCUGUCCGAGUUGAAGCGGCUGGUAUUAGCCGGAAACCGAUUCUCAGGUCGAAUUCCACCAUCUCUCGGCGCAUUGGAUCAGCUCUUGAUAUUGGAUCUCAGCAGGAAUUCUCUAACCGGGUCGAUUCCUACUACUGUUGGGGGCCUCAAAUCACUCCUGAAGCUUGAUCUGAGCAGCAAUUCAAUUGAUGGGUGGCUGCCAUUUGAGCUUGGGAAUUUGAAAAAUCUCACUCUUUUAGACCUCAGAUACAACAGAUUUUCAAAUGGGCUGCCUCGAUCUCUCCUUCAAAUGGUUUCUUUGGAAGAAAUCCUCCUAUCCAAUAAUCCAAUAGGAGGGAGUCUGAUGGAAUCUGGAUGGGGUAGUCUGAAAAAUCUCAUGGUCUUGGAUUUAUCCAACAUGGGUCUGACAGGGAAGAUUCCAGAAUCAAUGGCUGAGAUGAGAAGGCUGAGAUUCUUGGCAUUGGAUAACAACCAUCUAUCAGGUGAGAUCCCUCCAGAGAUGGGGGAGAUGCCUUGCAUCAAUGCCGUUUAUUUGAAUGGGAAUCAUCUGACAGGAGAGAUUGGGUGGUCUGAGGGGUAUAUUGGGAAGAUGGGGAGGAGAUUUGCUGUUUGGGGCAACCCAGAUCUGUGUGUCUCACGUGGGUUGGUGGAGAAGGGUGUGGGGCCCACUGGGGUGAAGGAUUGUCGAAAUGAGGGGCCUGGAUCUUCUGAUCCAUCUGGGUUGAAGGCUGAGAUGGGUGGUGGAGAUUUGAAGGAGAAUGUGGGCAUGGGGGUCUCAGGAUGUGGUGGGGCUUAUGGACGGUGGAGAUUGUGCCUGGUGUUGUUGUGUUUGGUUUUGUUGCACGUAGCUAGCUAAAGCCUACACGCGCGUAGAUACCUGCCCAUUCGUAUUCAAGCACACGUGUGACGAUAUGAGAUUUCCGUAAGGUGGGCCAGGCUUUCUAGAUUUUCUCUUCUAAAAAUGGGGUCAUUUCACUCCUUACUAGUACACACGGCAUCCAAAAAAAGAAAAAAAAGGGACGGCUAGCAAUGAUUGUUUAGCCGAGUGUUCUAAAAUGUACGGUCCCAGCUGAGAUGAAAUGGCUUGAUUUUGAAUCUAGAGGAUCUAACCAGUUUGGUCCAUCUGAUGGAAGGCUCGGAUCUCUCACAAGUUCUCGGGCUUGCCUGUGGGUGGCCAGAGAUCUACACGCGUGUGGGUUUGCCAAACUCUUGUCACGUGGCUGUAAUUUUGUGGGUAUUCCUUGGAAAACAAAAAGAAAAGAAAAUUCGUAACACAUGCAAAGGUUAACCUCUC